AACGAAACGCUGCAGCACAUUCUACUAAAAAUGGCGUUCGCGUAGGUUGUGCGUUACUGUUAUCUUUUUGUUUAAUUUCAAAAUUUUAAAACUGUUGACAUAAAACUAAGAGAAAUAUGGGUCGGUCGCCAAGUCCAAGGCGGCGGGAAGAUCGGUUAGAUCGGCGGAGAAACAGAGAUCACGACCGGGACCGGGACCGCGAGAGGCGAAGACCGCGCACGCGAUCCAGGUCUCGCUCCCUAGACCGCAGACGACGCUCCCCGGACCGCAGAAGGUCGCCCUCGCCCGCGAGAAGACGCCGUUCGCGUUCGAUCUCUCCAGGGCCGUCUUCGUCAUUUGUAGCUAAAAAGAAGACUUUUGGGGAGCGCCCGAUCGUCACCCCUGCCGAUUUGGAGGGAAAAUCUCCUGAGGAACAAGAAAUGUUGAAAGUUAUGGGCUUUUGCGGCUUCGACACGACAAAAGGUAAGAAAGUCGAAGAUAAUGUUGAAGGUGAUGUCCACGUUGUUUUAAAACGAAAGUACCGACAGUACAUGAAUAGGAAAGGAGGUUUCAAUCGACCGUUGGACUUUGUCGCGUAGCACCGACCCGUAUACGGUUCCGCACAAUCUAAUUUCUAUAGAAUUUUCAGUUUUCUCAACUUUUUUGCGACAUUGUUAAUGUCGUUGUGAUAUUAAUGUUGUAUGUGAACACACUAUUGUUAUUUGGAUGCUAUGAACAU